GCUCCAAAGAGGACACGUGGUGUAUCCAUGUUGGAUAGAUUACAGGCUUAUUCAUCAUCUCAGUCCAAUCAUGAUGAGUCACAGCAACAAUCACUUUCAGCAUAUAAUACUCAGGCACAUAGACAGCAAUCAGAGGCCGCAUUAUCUCAGCCACAAUCAUCAGAUGUUGCAGGAGAAGAUGAAACGACGACUUGAGGAGGUUCCUGAGGAUGAGCGCACACUAGAACUAAAAGAUCGUAUCUUUGUGAAGGUGAUGGGAGAAGAUGGACAUGGACGGAUGCAUACUUGGAGUUCAAGCAUGACAAAGCGACGUUUGCAUCAGCAAUCUUAUCAGGCACUAUCAGAGGAGACCAUUAGGAGGAUUCGGGAUGAGCUUCAGACUGAGUUUGAUGACAAAAUUUUCUACUUGGAGGCACAGCUCCAUCAGAUGUGUGCUGAUCAGAUGGUGAGUAGAUGUUUUGCGCAUAGCUCAGUAGGUACUCCUCAUUCGGUGUCAUCGAGUAGUGGGCAGGUAUAA